AUGCUGGUAGAUGGGCCAAUUCCUAGACCGUGCCCUACUCCAUUGCUUAGAUUGCGCCUCCCAAUGACUGUCAUAACUGCAACAGGAUUUGUGCCGGACAUUAUGCCCGCACAAUGGAAGCUCAUUCGUCCUCUACUUUCGCUGAAUCCGGCCCAAAUGCAACCUGAUCUUCUGGCCUCGAAAUCACGAUGUGAACAAGAAGAACUUGGGCAUAGAUCCAUCCCUGUGCGGCACAUCUGUCCAAUAAGACGACAUCGCAUCUGCCCGUUCCCCUUCCGGGAACAGAGUGGCAAAGUACUUGGCUUAGCUACUACUGCUCCCUCGGAUCUCGCUCACCACCUAGCAUUGACCUAUGAUAAAAGUCGUUGA